CACGCUAGGAAGGGGGUCUUUGUUUGCGUUUUACGUUCGCGUCGCUCGGUGUCUGUGACGGCUCUCAUCACAUUGCCUCCGAAACGGAAUGUGCCCGCAUAAGUGGAAGCGCGGUUCUCGCUCCUUUCGGUUUACGUGAAAUGUGUUUUAGUGGUCCAGGGUGGCGCCGUCUAACAGUGUAAGUGCAGUGAGGUGCAGUGGUGUGUACGAUCGAGCGUGGGUCGGAACGGCAACGGCGACUGAAUCGCGCGGAGGUGGCAGUGGCCGCUCGGCCAUGACCGGCGACAAGCCUCUAGGGAGCGCGCACGCGUUCGGGCGCGUGUUGCUCCGGGAUGGGGCUCUGCCGCCGCUGGAGUCCGGGGCUCCCGCGCCGCCAGCCAACAACGCGCAGCCGCCCGACAAGCGGCCACCGGCGGCCGCGGCCAGUCCCGAUCAGGUCUUGAAGCUCUACAUGAACAAACUGACCCCCUACGAGCAUCUAGAGAUAUUUGAAUACCCCCAAGUGUACUUCAUAGGCUCAAACGCGAAAAAGCGGCCCGGUCUAGUUGGUUUCCCAAACAACUGCCAGUAUGACAACGAGCAAGGCUCCUACAUCCAUAUCCCACACGAUCACAUAGCAUAUCGCUAUGAAGUCCUCAAAGUUAUCGGUAAAGGAAGCUUCGGGCAAGUCGUGAAGGCUUACGAUCACAAGAAACGCGAAAACGUUGCCCUCAAAAUGGUGAGAAACGAAAAGCGAUUCCAUAGGCAAGCGCAGGAGGAGAUUCGUAUACUGAAGCAUCUCCGGGAGCAGGAUAAGGACAACACGAUGAACGUUAUACACAUGUUCGACUCGUUCACCUUCAGGAACCACACUUGCAUCACGUUCGAGCUACUGUCUAUCAACCUGUACGAAUUGAUCAAGAAGAACAAGUUCCAAGGCUUCUCGUUGCAGUUGGUUCGUAAGUUCUCACACAGUCUACUGCAAUGCCUGCACGCGCUGAACAAAAAUCGAAUUAUUCAUUGCGACAUGAAACCAGAAAACGUGCUACUGAAGCAACAGGGACGCUCAGGAAUUAAGGUGAUAGACUUCGGUAGCUCCUGCUACGAGCACCAGCGCGUGUACACGUACAUCCAGUCCCGGUUCUACCGCGCGCCCGAGGUCAUGAUGGGCGCCAAGUACGGCAUGCCCAUCGACAUGUGGUCCCUGGGCUGCAUCCUCGCCGAGCUGCUCACAGGAUUUCCUCUGUUACCUGGUGAAGAUGAGGCUGACCAGAUGGCGUGUAUCAUAGAGCUGCUGGGUAUGCCGCCCCCAAGGCUCAUAGAACAGGGGAAGAGGUCCAAAAACUUCAUCAGCAGUAAAGGAUUGCCCAGAUACUGCACGGCCACAACACUGCCUGACGGUACUUCUGUGCUAAGCGGAGGUAUCUCGAGGAGAGGUAAGCCGCGAGGUCUGCCUGGCUCGAAGAGCUUCGUCACAGCGCUCAAGGGCUGUCAAGAUAAAUACUUUAUUGAUUUUAUUAGCAAAUGUCUCGAAUGGGAGCCAGAGAAGCGACUGUCCCCCGCCCAGGCGCUGCGGCACGCGUGGCUGCGGCGCCGCCUGCCGCGGCCG